GCUUUCUUUUUCCCAGCCAUCCCCUUCCUUUCUUUGUCUGUCUGCUGGAGGGGGAACAAACAGGGUGGAUGAGAGAGACAGAGAGAAAAAGAGAGACAGCUACUGAGAGAGAGAAAGAGAGACAGAGACUGUGUGUGAGACAACCAGACAGAAAGAGAGAGAGACAGACAGAAAGAGAGAGCGAGGGGAGGGGGAGAGGGGGAAGAGUGUGCAGGAAGAAAGGAAAGAAAGAAAGAAUGAAGGAACUGCAGUCAUCUGUCUGACACCGUCUGUCUGUCAGAGGCUGGAAGUGAAAUCAGGUGCUGUUGUUGUGGUGUCACUGGAGGGAUUCCCAUACACUAGUGUGACUGGAUGUAUCACACAGAGCACCAAUAUUCUGGCCGGUACUCAUGGGACUCCUUCGUCCCUGUCAGUUCCAGCAGGGCUUCAUGGGCUCCCAGCUCCAGCCGCCACAUGCCCCCUUCAUCCAGAGGCAGUGGUGGAGGGUACCAAUCAACCCUGAACCAUGCAUCAGGAAGGAACUAUCACAAAGCUUAUAACAACAGACCUCCGGAGUUCAGCAGGCACAGAGACCAUGAUCACCCCAGAGAGAGAGGGCCAAAUGUCAGAGAUCGGGUCACGUCAUGGUCAUGGGGUUCAAAUCAACACCAGAACCUUGACCGGGCCACUAUGAAUGGAUACAGCUCAGGAUGUGGAGGACGUGUUCCCAGUUAUCAGCCUCCAAGGUAUGGAGGCCCUCACCAGCAGCAUCGGACAGCAGACAGAUGGAGUCCCGUCUCCUCAUCCAGAUCCUUUCAAUGUCUGUCACUUAAACGACCACCCCCCAGAAACCCCUCACCAACUAGAGAUGAGUGUCCCAGCAAGCGGAGCAAAAACGGCAGCUCACAUCAAGCUCUUUCCUCCAAAAUUAAGCACCCUAUGCCUAUGAAUCACCCUCCCUUGUCUCAUCUUCCUCGCACCUGUAGCCCUCCAUACCGUGGUGAUGCCCAAUGGAGUCAGUCAAAUAAGAGACAAUCUGCUUUAGGCUUUCAGGAGUCAAGUCAGUCCUACAGCAGAGAUCACCUCCACAGGAUUCAUUCAGUGCCCUCAUCUACACUUGGUAGUCCUGGCCAGGAUUUUCACAGCUCUAAGUCCCUGAAAUUGGGCCACCUCCACUCUUACAACCACCAAACCCACGAUCACCUAGGACCCCAUGGAACCAAAGGGGACUGGGAGCGUUCUGUUCCACCCUCACCAGCAAAUUUUACCAGAGUGCCUUAUAGCCCCCAGCACCAGCCUCCAGAGGGCACACACAGGCAUCCAGUACCUCAUGGCAGCCGUGGUUCACCCACGCCAUCCUGGAAGGACAAGCAGAGAAGUGAAACCAGGUGCUCUGGUCUAGAAACUGAAGAGCGGCUGCAAGGGCUGAAAGAGGGAGGGCGGCAUCACAGCACUCCAAAACACACCCAGCUCCAUUGCAACUCUGAAGGCAGAAGUGUUCGACAUGGCACCACUGGUGGGAGAGCAAGCCUGUCCCCAAGUCCCAAACCUGAGUCUAGUUCCCAGAGGCUAGAGGGAAAGAAAAUCAGGGUUUCUAAACACAGAUCUCCGUCAAAUUACACUAAGCCCAGCUACUCUAACAGUGGUGGCCAAGAGAGCCCAAAUCGUCUGCAGGACACGGACAUGUUAAAACAUGUUGAAAUCAAGAAAAGGCAUAGAGCACGAGAGAGAAGGCAAGAGAGGAAAAGGGAGGAGGGAGCAGACGAACGAAAGGCAAGAAUACUAAGAAAACUGGAAGCAAAGAAAAAGAAAAAGGAGAGGCAGGAGAAAAAAAGCCACCGGGAAAGGAAAGGAAGCCAUAGAAAAAUAGAGAUACAGUCUGAGAGAAAAAUAAAAGAUGAAAGAAAAAGAUCAAGAAAAGCAGAGAGAAAAUGUUUUAAGAAAGUGGAGAAAGACUAUUUAAGAAGAGAAAUGUCUCCCCAGAGCCCUUCUAGUGAUUCACUGAGUAAAAGUCUGGACUCAACCAUUCUUGCAUCUCCUCCACCUCUAGCUUCUUUAGAAACAUCACUGUGUAUUCACAAAUACACAAAACAUGAAGAAGAGGGGUCCACCUUUGACUCUGACACUUCACACACCUCAGGGUUAGUUUCACCCUCCACUCCCCCUCUAGCAAAUCAAAACCAUGUGCUUCAAUAUCAAUCAACAGACAAUGCAGAUAACAUAUCCACAACAAAUGACAACAGUCUGCCACCAUUUGAGCUUAAAAGUCCAAAAACCAGCAGUUUUGGGACUCAAAACAUGCAGUUUGACGAGGAGGACAUUACGCCUGAACAAGAGUUCUCACUGUUGAAUAGCUCUAGUGGCUUUGAUAAAAAAGUUCCUCAGUCUGAGGAAAAGAAUCAACAUGCUCCAGAUCUGCUACCUGCUCACAGCAGUUCUAUAGAGGACCAUCUCCGUCUGGAUCCCUCAGCUAGCCCCCCUGUACUUAGCUGGCAGGGCUCCCCUGUGUCAGAUCUCAGCGAGGAAGAAGAGGAUGAAGCAGGGGCAAACAUAGAUGGAGUGAUCAGGAGACCAGUGCUCCAGCCAAGCCCCACUCAUUCCUCUCCAAUCCAAGAUCCAGAGGAAAUCUGGAAAGAAUCAGGUCCCUUGAGUCUGGAAUACCGCCACAGCGACCUGGCCAAACUAUUCGGCAUUGCUCAGCCUUUUAAAGUUGUGGAGGAACAAGAAGAGAAAGAACCCAUGGCAGAGCAGCAAGACAGUAGCACAACAGCCUCUCAGGGACUGCAUCUGCAUGACAAUGAUGGCACCUUGGCCUCAGACAGCCAUAACUAUACCUACAGAGGUGGCCCCUUUGGUCGGCCACCUCCUAAGACAACGGCUGGGGUCAAAUACUCUUCCUCGCUCUCACUGGAUCCAGAAAUAUGCCCUCCAGAGCAGCACAGCCCAACCUCAACAUCCCCAAGAGCUCUGUCUCCAGUGGCCGUGCCCUUGAUCAACCUUUCCCCUUCCAUAUCUACCUCAGACCUUUCAAAGCCUGACAACAACAUGCAGGUGACUGAAGAUAAAGAAGAGGAUAGCCUUGUUGAGAAAGAGGGUCAUGCCAUGACUGAAACUGUAGAAUCAUUAAAUGAACCAAGCUGCACCUCUGUGAUGAAAGAGAAUGAAGUCAAGGUGUUGCCCUCCAACUUUUUGCCUGCUACCUUGCAGGCAAAACUGGCACACAGCUGUGAGGUGUUGCUAAACCACAGCUCCACUACCUUCCUUUCAUCAGAAGUGAACAGUGGAAAGAUAAAAUCUAAAACCAAACUGGAGAAAAAUAAGCAAGGGCAAGACACAGACAAAAAGAAAGGGAAGCAAAAGAAUCAGAAAACAAGAGCUGGCAGCAGGGGAACAACAGAAGAGGCAAGUGUCAGAAGACAGCAUAUAAAGCAGAAAAGGAACACCAAAACUGAGAAAGAGCAGUACUCGUCAAGUGGUGAACAUUCUAAACAACGUGCCAAGGUCCACAACAAAGUUAUAGCAAAAAAGAAACUAACAAAGACAGAGGAGGACCAAAGAAAGGGGAAUAAGGAGAAAGCAAAAGCUAAAGAGGAGGACAUUGACAGAGAUGCAGGAAUGAAAAAAACAACCUCCAGGACACCUCCAACUGUUCGGCUACUGUCCUCUGUACCGCUGAAAGAGCUAAAGAUUCAGUUGGUGAAACUCAAGAUCAGAGGGAGGCAGACAUUCACUGCCUCUGAGUUCGAGCAAAAGACAAUCCUGCUGAAAGAGAUUAGCAUCAACAACAAUGCAACAGAUAUAAUUAGAGCCUGCAAAUAUGCGAAAGUGCAGGGUCGUUUUCGUGAGUCCUAUCUCCUUCCCUCUUUGUCUGUGAAGCCUGUGCUGAACAUAGAUUUUCAGAUUCCCAGAGAGAAGCUUAACCCACCCACGCCCAGCAUUUAUCUCGAAAGUAAGAGAGAUGCAUUCUCUCCAGUGCUGCUCCAGUUCUGCACGGAUCCCAAAAACCCGGUUACUGUUAUCCGAGGUUUGGCAGGAUCACUCCGUCUCAACCUGGGUUUGUUCUCCACUAAGUCACUGGUUGAGGCAAAUGCCGAUCAUGCUGUGGAAGUGAGGACUCAGGUGCAGCAGCCGGCUGAUGAGAACUGGAACACGUGCGGCUCAGCUCAGACGUGGCCAUGUGAGAGCAGCCGAUCACACACCACCAUCUCCAAGUAUGCUCAGUACCAGGCCUCCAGCUUCCAAGAGAGCCUACAGGAAGAGAAGGACAGCGAGGAUGAGGAGGAAGCAGAGAAAAAAACAGAAUCUAUGUCAGAGAUGCCAUCCAGCAACCCUUCCUGUACACAGAGCACAGAACAGAAGUCGGUCGGCAAAAUCAUCAAGUUUGGUACAAACAUUGACCUUUCUGACCCAAAGAGGUGGAAGUUGCAGCUGCAGGAGUUGUUGAAGUUGCCCGUGUUCAUGCGCGUCUCCUCCACGGAGAACAUGCUGAGCCACGUCGGACACACCAUACUUGGCAUGAACACCGUCCAGCUGUACAUGAAAGUCCCGGCAGCCGAACACCAGGAGAAGGACAGCGAGGAUGAGGAGGAAGCAGAGAAAAAAACAGAAUCUAUGUCAGAGAUGCCAUCCAGCAACCCUUCCUGUACACAGAGCACAGAACAGAAGUCGGUCGGCAAAAUCAUCAAGUUUGGUACAAACAUUGACCUUUCUGACCCAAAGAGGUGGAAGUUGCAGCUGCAGGAGUUGUUGAAGUUGCCCGUGUUCAUGCGCGUCUCCUCCACGGAGAACAUGCUGAGCCACGUCGGACACACCAUACUUGGCAUGAACACCGUCCAGCUGUACAUGAAAGUCCCGGGCAGCCGAACACCAGGACAUCAAGAAAACAACAAUUUCUGCUCUGUGAACAUUAACAUUGGCCCUGGAGACUGUGAGUGGUUUGCUGUACAUGAGCAUUACUGGGAAGCCAUCAGUCACUUCUGUGAGAAGAAUGGAGUGGACUAUCUAACAGGUUCAUGGUGGCCAGUUCUGGAAGAUCUGUAUCGCUCCAACAUCCCUGUCUAUCGAUUUAUUCAGCGUCCCGGAGAUUUGGUGUGGAUUAAUGCAGGAACCGUUCACUGGGUUCAGGCCGUCGGCUGGUGCAACAACAUCGCCUGGAACGUGGGUCCUCUAAACUCUUAUCAGUAUCAGCUGGCUCUGGAGCGCUUUGAGUGGAAUGAAGUCAAGAAGGUCAAAUCAAUUGUUCCCAUGAUUCAUGUCUCCUGGAAUGUCGCCCGUACAGUCAAGAUCACCGACCAAAACACUUACAAAAUGAUGAGACAUUGUCUCCUGCAGUCCAUAAAACACAUCCAGAUCAUGAGAGAACAGCUCGUAGCAGAAGGGAAGAAGAUCUGUUACCAGAGCCGAGUGAAGGACGAGCCGGCCUACUACUGCAACGAGUGUGACGUGGAGGUGUUUAACCUGCUCUUUGUCACCAGCGAGAACAGCAGUAGGAAGACCUAUGUAGUGCACUGCGAGGACUGUGCUCGGCGGAGGAGCUCCAACCUUAGCGGAGUCGUCGUGCUCGAACAGUACAGCAUUGAGGACCUGAUGAACACUUAUGAUAACUUCAGCUUGGCUCCCGUACCGUGUUCAAAAGCCUGAGGUGUUUGAUGUCACACAGCCAUGACCAAAUCUCCUGCUGCUUGCCAACAGCAGCAGUGCAACAUUCAUUUCUCUCGUUCAUUUCUUAUUCAUUAUCUUUUAAUUUUUAGUUUUUUUAGUAUUAUUUUUAUCAAAACCACUACUGCGGACUCUCUGAUCCACAAGCUGUUUACUCGACACUGUUUACAGAACCACAUCAGCAGGUGCUUCACCGACUCGCUCGUCUUCCCCUUUCACCAGCUACUUGAGUCACAACGUUGUUACGACGCUGUUACGAUGUGUUAUAAACGCUCUGAGGUCAGACCGGUCAGAGACGUGCCACAUACACAGACACACACACACACCGGUACACAAAAGCCCGGGGUGCUUAAUGCGAACCUUUUUAUUUUUAUUUUUUCAUUUUUUAUUCUCAUUCACUCACUCACUCACACACACACACACACACACACACACAUACAGAGCAAACAAACUGCUGUGAUCUUUCACAAUCGCCGAAACGUGUGAACUCAUUCAGGUACUAUUGUAGUUUACAUUUAUGCAAAUGUUUCAGUUUAUUUAUUCGGCGUCUCUGGUGCUUUUAUACAACACAGUAUAACAGCAGGGGAAGAAGCUACACACACAGGCAUUACAAGGGGUUGUUACAAUGAUAUUGUCGUGAAUACAUUUACUACAACGCUAAACUUUCUAAAUGCUGUUUGCAUUCUGAUCUGGGUGCUAUUAUUUUUACUUUUUAAUUAUUAUUUUUUAAAGGUUUUCAAAAAUAGUGGAAAAAAACUUUAACACCAUUUUGGCCUUGAUUUAAAAAGUAAAAACAAAAAAAAAAAAAACAAAGCAUUGAUGCAAUAUGAAUAAUUUUACAAUAUUGCAUUUUUCUCAGAGCAUUAACAAUUUUCACAAAUAUUUCUAAAAAAAAAACAACAAAAAAAACAACAAUAAUAAUACGGGUUCAAAUCUUAUUUGCAUUGUCCAGAAAACCUGAGUGUUUGAUAUUGUUUUUUUUUAAAGAAUACUUUGGGGUAAUUUUCUGUUGAAUUCUUCUUGUUUGCUCUGCAUAUUUCUUUUGAAAGUGUUUGAUUUGCAUAAUUUUUUUAAUUGUGAUUUUAUUUAUUCGACUGCUUUGGGUGUAUUUAUUAAAGUGUACAAGGUGCUCCUCCUAAUGAGGGAUUUUGUAAAUGAAUUUUUUGUAAUUAACCCUUUCAGGCCCAUUUAAUAGGCACAAAUGAAAUAAAUAAAACAUUACAUUUAUUGUGUAGAAAAUUCAGUUUAAAAAAAAAAAAAUGUUCUCUGAUUGGUUGAUGAACUAGCUCUCAGCCAAUCGGUGGAGUUGAUGCGUUUGAAUGAGUCAUAACAGCAUAGUGGGUCUGAAUGGGUUAAUUGCGCUGGUUUCUGAGGAGGUGCUAAAGCUGAGAAGGAGGACUUUAAUUCGAUGGUGCUCAAUCCCCCCCUCCGCUUGGCCGUUCCCUCGGCGUGUAUAUGAUCUAAAGAAUUACAUAUGAAUAUUAACGAUAUUAAUCUCACAGCUUGGUGCUUAGAACAAAGUCUGUACAACCUGAAUGUCUUUGUACUGUAUCAGUUUAAAGAGUUUGUUCUUUUUUUAUACCUAUUUUUCCCCCAUUCCUUUCUGUGAAAUAAUACGAGAUGUCGUGUUACUCGUGGACUUCCUCUUCUUAUUAUUCAUCUUUUUAACACUGAUAUUUCCCUGGCAGAUUUCAACCAGACUGAGGUCGGUUGCUUUCUGUCCACUCCUGACUCGUCCCCUGAGUGUUGAAUUUUUUUUCCCCCACAAUGUUUUAAAAUUUUUAUUGUAAAACUUUAAAAAAGAAAAGAAAAAAAAAAAAGAUAAAAACUGAGCCAGACCUGUCUUAAACACCUGUGUGAUUCUGUGUGUCAUAAUUAAUAUUAUAAUAAUAUUAGCUAUGAUUUGAAAAAAUAAAUAAAAAUGUUUUCAUAAAUCCAA